ACAGCACUUUUAAACAUUAUUCUCAUUCGACUUCAAGUCCUGUCAUUUUAGAAGCUUUGCGCAUGAAAACACCAAUUCCAGACAGCUUCACGAUGUAUGGUUGUAUUUGAGUCGAUCAUCACCAAAUUGCAACUCGUCAUCUCCAUCUGCUCUAUCAUAUACUCACCAACAUGGUGUUAUGCCGGUCUUCAUCAACUUCGCGUUCUUGGCGUUGGCUGUAUUUUCACUCACCUCUUAUGCAUUCUCUUGGAGGAAGCGAAACAGUUUGCUAGUUCUUCCAAUUCUUAUCUAUGAGACCGUCACCAUCUUCUGGACAAUGGUAUGGCUCUAUGCUAGCAUUACUGCUGUAGCCACAGGAUAUCUCUGGUCCCUAGAAUGGAUUGGUGGUCCACGAUCAAACAGAGCUGCAGUAUCCUACGAUGCGAACGAUAUUCGCUAUGUGGAUCCCAAUGAAUCCUCACCAGAAACAAGAAAUGCAAUCAAAUACGGUUCCAUUAUUAUAAUGGUCUCACUCGUUGUUUUUGUACUCAAAGGAUUAGCGUGGAGCAUAGCUCGAAGGGUCUUCAGAGAACUCAGAAAAGAAAACACUAAAGCAAUGGAGGAUGACAAUGGUAUUGCAGUGCUAUUUCAUUUUGAAAGAAGACUAAUCUAUAGAGUCCAAAAAACACUUCUAAAAAUGUUCUAUUCAAUCUUCUUAGCGAUUCAAAACAGUACGCAUGGUUAA